GCAUCUUAUUAAUAAUGAUUAUAACCGAGCAUUAGAAUUUUAUGAGAAAGCAUUAGAAAUUCUUCAACAAAAAUAUGGUGAUGAUCAUCCACGUCUAGCAGAAUGCUAUAAUAAUAUGGCAAUGGUUCAUAAAAAUCAAGAACACUAUCGAGAAACUCUUAAUUUCUAUAAUAAAGCAUUAUCUAUUUAUGAAAAACAUAACGACGAUAAUAAUAUUAAUUUAGCUUUGUCUUAUAACAAUGUUGGUUUAAUUGAUCGUCAUCUAACUGAAUAUGAUCUUGCAUUAGAAUAUUGUAAUCGAUCAUUAAAAAUUUAUGAAAGUAUUCUUCCACUUAAACAUUCUCUUAUUUCAAUGGCAUUGGAAAAUAUUGCAAAUAUGUAUUACGAUAAAGAAGAUUUUCGUCAAGCAUUUAAAUAUUAUGAGAAAGCAGCUAAGAUUUAUCGUCAUAUAUUACCUUCAACACAUCCUGAUGUUUUACAAAUUCGAAUGAUUAUUAAAAAAAUUGAAGCGAAAAUUUAA